AUGUUUAUUGCUUGUCUUGAAAGUGUAAAACCUUCUGAUUUGAAGAAUCCAUAUCCAGAAGAAUUAGAACGUAUUACUAAAUUGGGUUAUCGAGCACUUUUAUCAGCAUGCUGGUACUUAAGUGAUAUUUCCUAUAGUAAAGAUUGGGUUAAUUAUUAUAAAUGUGAUCCACACACUUUUCAUGAAUUUCUUGAUGCAAUAAAUAUUAUUUCGACAACAUGGCCAAGAGCUGCCACCGUUGCUGAACGAUUAUGGUCAACAGCUGAUAUAACUGAUCCUAAUGUAGCAACACCUCGACUUGAAGAACAUAGGUAUCGAUAUAUAAAAGGUGGUAUUUCCGCUUCACCAGUAAAUGGUCCAAGUUAUUGUGAUUAG